CUUAGGUGAUUGCAGCUGGUAAAGAAAAACUGGCUGGUAUACCUACAGGUGGUAUGGUGAGCAGUGGUGGUGGUGGUGGUGGUGCAGCAGGUGGUGGUGGUGAUGCUGGAGAAGCUGCCAAGGAGGAAGAAAAGAAAGAGGAGAAGAAAGAGGAGUCGGAGGAGAGUGAUGACGACAUGGGCUUUGGACUCUUUGAUUAAUUACAUACAGUAAAACAUUU